CAUAAACAGAUACAGUAUCUCGUGUUGUUUAAAUAACCCUUAUUAUGUGAUAUACUUCCACGUGACUCUGUCAGCAGUUGAGAUAUGGAGACAGGACAGACCUGGCUGGAAGGCUCUCUGGGACGCUCUGCCAAACUUGCUCUUGAUGUAUUGGAGCGUGCACGGAGAUGAAGCAUGGUGGAGUGGCCUUCAGUCUGUCCUGUAGCCCAGCUCACGGUAGAAGAGACUUUGAGAAGCCAUUCAGGGGAGGACCGAGUAGGAAAAAGUGAUAAUGAGACGGCAGCUAGGCACACCAGCAUUGAUGAUGCUUGCGAUACAGUGCUGGAGUUUAUGGCUUACACAACCAAACAAUGCAAGAACCUCUACAGAACAGUACCAGCAUGCGAGUGCAACCAGACUGAAAUGAACCAUGUAUGUAGAUACCACUCCCGUGGUGCAGCCAAACCAGGGAUUUCCAGAAAGCCAGUGCAAAGGACUUCAGAAGACCUUUAUAUAGAACUGGCUCCUGUUACCUACGCCCUCACUACAGGAGCAUGCGACUCCAAGACACAGACCCGGGUGGUGAAAAUCAAUGCAGGGGAGAGCGUGGAUCUUUCUUUUACUGUGUGAGCUGUUUACUGAGGCUUAAAAAGGGCUUGUGGCAAAAACCAGCAUACCAAAGUAUUGUAGUCAUACGCACUUCUUAUUCAUAUAUGGGUGCUGGUAUCUGUCAUGUUCUAUGUAGUCUGUGGGGCUUGAUGAGCUGUACAAAAAAUGCACUUUUUCAUAUGACUAAAAUUAUGUAUUUUUCUAAGUCAGAUAUGCUAAAUAUGAGUUAGCGCUGUUGUAAAUGUUUGCACCAGUUAAAAACAUAUAUUUUAUGUAUUUUUUUUUUCUGUAAUCCAGUGUACUGUAUU